AUUAUUCUAUUUCGAAUAGUUCAAGGGUAAAAACGGUCUUUUUUUCACUGGAGUCCGACCCAGGCCCAAUAGAUGAAUUGGAGUUUUCAUGGAGAUUAUGGAAAAGCAUUCGUAGUUCGAUUUAUACAGUUUCUUUUGGUUAUUGUAAAAUUGAGUACAGAAACAACAAUAUUUCAGCAUAUUAUUUCGACAAUUUUUUCUUCAGUUUUGUGAUGAUGGAUGUGGAAGAAACCUCAAGUUUGCCUCUGCCAGAUGCUUUUCUUGAUUUUCUGAAUCAACAUGACUUGGAUCCUUCUAUUUAUACUGCCACCGAUUCCAUACCUCGCUAUAUAAGGAUAAAGCCUGGUUAUGAGGAUUUGCUUGAAGAAAUUGAAAGUGAUAUUAGAUGCAAGCUUGAAAGAGUGUGUUGGUUGCCCAACUUUUAUCAUCUUCAACCUGAUGUUCGAAUUGCUAGUUCGAAGGCGUACCAAGAAGGGAAGAUGUAUGGAAUUGAUGCAGCAUCCGGAGCUGCUGUGACAGCUUUGGACAUUUCAGUAGGGGAUCAUGUCCUUGAUCUUUGUGCUGCACCUGGUGCUAAACUUUGUAUGAUGUUGGACAUUCUUGGCAGUUCGGGUUCUGUGACUGGUGUUGACAUUGCAAAACAUCGAUUAGCGGCCUGUAGAACCAUGCUACAGAAAUAUAGUCUUGGUGGUCAUUGUCGUCUUUUUGUUGCUGAUGGAACCAGCUUUUCUCUUCUCCCUGUCAGGGUCCAUUCAGGCUCUACAUUGCAAAAUGAAAAUGCGGAUGAAUUUGCUUCAGGAGAAAAAUUUGAAGUAUAUGGGGAGUGGAAGUCUCGCAGACCAUGGAAAGAAAGGAAGAAGGAAGCUAUAGCUAGAGAAAAAGGUGUCUCCAAGCUAUUCUCACCAACUCAAGAACCAGAGCUUAUAUUUUAUGGCCGGUAUUCUGGGGUGGUUGGGAUGAGAAAAAAUGAAUUAUAUCAAAAGAUGCCUAUCAGUGAGGUUUUACAGCUUGGCUACGACAAGGUUCUUGUGGAUGCAGAAUGUACCCAUGAUGGUUCUAUUAAGCAUGUUCAGAAAUUUGAGCAAUGGGGCUGGACAACCUUCCAGCGCCGUGUGCUAGAUGCAGAAAGAACCGAUGAUCUUACUAUCCUUCAGCUGCAACUUCUAACUAAUGGAUUCAGAUUGCUCAGAGUUGGGGGAGCCCUUGUCUAUAGCACUUGCAGUUUAACCUUUGCUCAGAACGAAGAUGUGGUCGAGCGGUUCCUUUCGGAGAACACAUAUGCAGAAUUGCUGGAGAUUACUGCUGCCAAAAAUUGGCCAUGCAAGAGUGGUCGAAUACAGAAAACCUUACGAUUUGAUCCUUUGACAUCUUGUACAAGCGGACUCUUUGUUGCUAAGUUCACAAAAUUGGCCAUUUAGUCGAAAGAGGAUCAGUUUUGAGAUUGUGCUGAUGGUGAAAUACUCAUUGAAAGCAAUUCAAUGUCCAAAACCCUCACGUUCAACUAAAUCUGGAUUCGCGCCAUUUAAGUCACACCACGAAGGAAUUGGAUUACUCGAAAAACUUUCUAUAUAUAUAUAUAUGAUAAUCCCUGUUUUGCACAUUUAGUAGAUGGAAAUAGCUUGUUUCUUUUCCAUGGAUGGAAAGGAAAAUCUAUCUGCAUCAAAAGUUUUGUAGUACAAUUUUUUGUAAAAUAUUUAUGUGAAUGAGGUAAAGAUACUAUAACAGUUGUUUUGUACUUGAAAAAUAUAAACAUGAACACCCAAAAAUGUGUACCAGAAGUGAAUUCAGAAUUUAGACUAGUGGUUCAGUUUAGUUUUUAAAGAAUCUCCAUUUCUUUUUCUUCGAA